CCCGGCGGAGCGCGGCAUGCGGGGCAGGGGCUGCAGGCGGCGGCGGGGCCGGCAUCGCGCUCCCCGGACAUGAGGCGGCCAUCGGAAGCUCCAGCAACGAGUGCAAAGCUAACUGCACAAGUCAUCUGUGGCAAGGAGCACUGGGAGACAGCUAAAAGACAGUGACAAUGUCUUUAAACUGGUGGACACUUCCUACUCGACUUGGAGUUGUUAGAGCGAGCUGCAGAGGACUCGUAUGCCUCUUGGUGUUCACUGUGAGUGUUUGUGGCAGUGCCCCAGGGAUGUGUCCAGCAGCCUGCAUCUGUGCCAGUGAUAUCAUCAGCUGCACUAAUAAGAACCUCACUCGAGUGCCAGGAAAUCUUUAUAAAUGUAUGAAAAGGCUGGAUCUGAGUUAUAACAGAAUUGGGAUUUUGGAGCCUGAAUGGGUCCCAGUGCUGUCUGAGAAACUGAACACUUUAAUAGUCAAUCAUAAUAGCAUUAGCAGCAUUAGCACUGGAAGCUUUUCCACAACUCCAAAUCUGAAGUAUCUGGACUUGUCAUCCAACAGCCUGAAAACGCUGGGCAGCCCUGUGUUUCAGGAGCUAAAGGAGUUGGAAGUUCUCCUGCUGUACAACAAUCAAAUAACACAGAUCGAGUCCUUAGCCUUUGGAGGAUUGUACAAAUUACAGAAACUGUACCUAAGCUACAACUUGGUCUCGCAUUUCCCACUGGACUUAUAUGUUGGAAAAUAUAAACUGACAGACCUUGUGUUGCUGGACAUUUCCUUUAAUCACAUCCAGACGAUGCCUGUUCAGCGCCUGAGUUCAGUGCCAGCCAAACAACUUAGUGGAAUUUAUCUUCAUGGCAACCCAUUCUAUUGUGACUGUGUCCUAUACUCCAUGCUAGUCUUCUGGUAUCAAAGGCAUUUCAGCUCAGUCGUGGACUUCAAAAAUGAGUACAGCUGUUUGUUGCAGUCAGACCCAAGAGAUCAUAAUGCACUGCCUUUACUGCACGACAGCGGUAUGAAUUGCUCUGAAAGUACCGUCAACAGCUCUUUCCAAGCCUUUGGGUUUAUUCAUGAUGCCCAGGUUGGUGACAGGCUGAUAGUACACUGUGACAGCAGAAUCAGCGAUAUGGGCACGCAGUUUGUAUGGGUUAGCCCAGACAAUAGAUUGCUGGAGCCAGACAGGGACACCGAUAACUUCAAGGUGUUUCCUAAUGGCAGCCUGGAGAUAACAGAUGCCCAGCUAGAGAACUCAGGGCUGUAUUCCUGCAUUGCAAUAAAUAAGAAAAGACUAUUAAAUGAAACCGUAGAGGUCAGAAUAAAUGUUAGCAAUUUCACAGCGAACAGGUCCCACGCUCAUGAAGCAUUUAAUACAGCUUUUACCACCCUUGCUGCCUGUGUGGCCAGUAUUAUUUUAGUGCUGCUGUAUCUCUAUCUGACCCCCUGCCCAUGUCAAUGUAAGGCAAAAAAGAGGAAGAGGAAGCUGAACCAAAGCAGUGCCCACCCGUCCAUACUGAAUUCCGCACUGCCGCAGGAGCUGCCAGCCGACGAGAAGAAGGCCAGCACCGGUAAACGGGUGGUUUUCCUGGAACCCGUGCACGAACCAAAACAGAGUCAGAAUGGGAAAGUAAAACUGUUCCCCAAUGACAGUGUCAUUACAGAGAGCAUUUUAAAAACUACUCGAACAAAAUCCGACUCUGACUCUGUCAACUCUGUGUUCUCAGAUACACCUUUCAUGCCGCCAGCUUAGUUUGCUGCCUGUGUUUGUAUCAUGCAGUUCCAUUUCUGAAUACCUCCUUUGCCUGUAGCAAACCAUCAGGACAAACAAAUAAAAAGAGAUUAAAUGUUUUAAAAAAAGG